AUGCUCUUCAGGACCGAGCUGGAGAUGGCUUACGAUGUCUCCAACUUCCCGCCCGGGCUCGGCUGUGGACUCGGUCGGGGCAUCUGUGCGUCUCCGGAGCCGGCGCGGCCCCUCCCGUCUUACGGCCCGGGCAUUUUUGACUUCACUCGUCUUCUCGCACCGGCAGACCAGCCCCACAAUAUACAAUACGAAUUGGCCGAGGAGACGACGUACCCUUUCGAACCCUCCCUGAAGAUGGGCGGCCAGAAAGCAAUCAUCGUGGGCCUGUCAGGCUGCUCCUCGAGCGGCAAGACAACCCUCGCCAGGCUGCUCAGAGACAUAUUCCCAAACAGCUUUGUGCUGCACGAGGAUGACUUUUACCGGCCCGAGGACGAACUGCCGUACAAAGACGGCCUUCUGGACUGGGACUGCGCCGAGUCCAUCAACAUCCCGGACAUGGAGAGGGCGCUGUCGCACAUCCGCUCCGAGGGGACAUUUCCGGUAAGCAACAACGGCUCCGACCUGGCCUGCGCCCGCCGCAGCAGCCACGGCGUGCCCACAUCGCCUUCACAAGCAGCGUCGCCCCCCACCCUGUCCAAAUCGUCGUCUUCCUACCGCUUACCAGACCACCACCCGCCUCCCCCGGAGCAGCCCUUUGUAGACUCCAAGGAAGACAAGAACUCCGUAGGAAAGUGCCCCGCCUCGGACGCCAAGAUCGAGGCCGAGAAGGAGAGGGUGCGCCGGUGGGCGCAGCCGGGCGGGCCAGGCCACGAGAUAUUCUCCGGCGGCGAGGCCCCGCGCAUGUGCCUCCUGGACGGGUUCCUCCUCUACUCGCCGCCCAAGUUCUCGGCCGUCAUGGACACGAUCGACGUCAAGCUGUUCCUGCAGGUGUCACGGGCCAGGGCGACGCAGCGGCGCGAGGCGCGCGACGGCUACGUCACGCUCGAGGGGUUCUGGAAGGACCCGCCCGGGUACGUGGACAGGGUCGUCUGGCCCAACUACGUCGACGCGCACCGGUGGCUGUUCGCCGGCGGGGACGUCGAGCGCGGGGAGCUGGACUGGGACGUGCUGAGGGAGAAGCAGGUGCUCGCCCAGCGCGGGCAGCCGGGCCCCGGGGGAGGCGUGGACCUCGACUUUGAGGAGACGCUGGAGUGGGCUGUGGGGGAGGUCAUGGCGGCGCUGGAGAGGUGGCAUAAGGGCUGA